AUGAUGCCAUCGCAGCGAAAAAUUAGCUCAGUGCAAGGUAUUGAUGUGGAGUUGGCUUGUGAUUCUGGAAUAGCAGUUCGUAAAGCCUUCGAAUUAAGCUCUAGGCAAGUUGGAGGUAGAGAAGCAAUUGGCUACACCAAGGUUGAUGUACAAAAUUAUAUUAGGACAAGAAGGCAGAAUGAGCUAGAGUGUGGAGCGGCGGGUUGGCUCAUGAAUUAUUUCCAAACUCAGUCAUGGGAAGAUCCAUCAUUUUUUUAUGCUGUCCAACUGGAUAAAGAUACAAUGAUAACUAAUAUUUUUUGGGCGGAUUCGAAAAUGAUAUCAGAUUAUGGCCAUUUUGGAGAUGUGGUUACGUUUGAUACAACGUAUAAACUUGUCCAAGGUAACUGGCCUUUGGGUGUUUUUCUUGGUUUGAACCAUCAUCGGCAGACAUGUGUGUUUUGUGCCGCUUUCAUGUAUGAUGAGACGGCGGAUUCAUUUGCUUGGUUGUUUAAUACAUUCUUGAAUGCAAUGUCCCACAAAGUGCCCAGGACAAUAUUGACUGACCAAGACGCAGCAAUGGCAAAGGCAUUAGCAGAAGUAAUGCUCAACACAAAUCACCAUUUGUAUACGUGGCACCUUAUGCUUAAUGCACAAAAGCAUAUCGGCAACAUGUCUGUUGGUGGGAAAGGCAUAAAAAGUGUGAUCUCCAAAUUCAUGUUUGACAUUGAGGAGCAUGAUGAGUUUUUACAGGAAUGGUCUUUGAUGGAAAGGGAAUUUGGUGUGGAGAAUAAUACAUGGUUGGCUAACUUGUUUCGUUUGAAACAUGUAUUGGCCAAGGCAUACGUAAAAAAUGUAUGGUCUGCUGGUAUGCGUACCACACAGCUAAGUGAAAGCUUCAACAGUGGGUUGAAACAGUACUUAUCUAGACAAUAUGCACUUCCAGAUUUCUUCAAGCAUUUCGACACGUUGUUGUACGACAAGAGGUACAAGGAGUAUGAAGCUGAAUAUGAUUUGGUCCAGAAGAUGCUUAGGAUGAAAGCAAGAUCUCCCAUAUUAGAUCACACCGGACAUGUGUACACUGCUAACAUAUUUGAACUUUUUCAGGAACAAUUAUUAAUAGCUUGUAUGAGUCAGUAUAUCCUGAACUGCAAUGACAAUGGUAACGGGGAAUAUGUGUAUGAAGUUGAGUUGUAUAAUCAAAACGUGAUGCGGCGAGUGAUACGGACACGUGAUGACCAUUUGUCAUGUUCUUGUGGAAAGUUUGAAAUGGAGGGUGUCAUGUGCAGCCAUACUCUAAUACUUUGUCGUCAGCUUACAGAAAUAUCUUCCAUUGCAUCUCUUAGCCAUGAUGGAUUCAAUAAUGUUUUGAUGCAGCUUAGUAGUUUGAAGCAAAUUGCCGAAGGAUCAAUACCUAAUCCUACGGUUGCCACCAAAGACAUUGUGCAAAGCAUUCCAAUUUUGAAUCUGAAGGGGAUUGCCACCAAAGAUACAUCGAAAGGAAGAAGGUGUAGGUUCGUAUCUGUGUUGGAAAAAACCACUAGAAAGAAGAAAAAGACUGACAACCGUAAUUUAGAGGGUGCUGAAAUUCCAUCACAUAUAUUCAUGUCCGAAGAAUUUGAUAGGGCAGGACCUUCAACACAAUCCCAGGAAUAUGAGAAUAGCCCUCGUGCAGCUUAUUUUGGUGAACCCAUGAUAAUGACCCCCCCAUCAGCAUAUGAAGAACCACUCACGUUGAAACUGUUUGGUGAAGUUGUUGGUAAAAACUGUAAAGAGUCUAUGGUUUGUUUGGACAAUUACUUUGCACCUACACUGGUAGUUGUGUGGACAAUUAAUUACUGUUUGGUAAGAACAUUAAAGAGGCGAGUUACAUUUACCCAUUGCUGA